UAUAUACUUUAUCCUCCCGUUUGCCUCCCUUCCUGGUUUGCUGAUUUUGGUCGACGUGCUCUCUCGACUACUGUGCCAACAACAUCAACACCUUCCUACUUACGAGCAAACAUGGCUCCCAUGGCUAUCACACCAGUUGAAGAGCAGUCCAGGCAACUGGCUGCCGAACAACUUCCAAAUGCCGGCAACAUGGGCACAACCCGCAAGAUCAUCUGUUUCUCAGACUUCGAUGGCACAAUUUUCAUGGAAGACACCGGCCACAUCCUCACCAACGCCUACGGCUGCGGCCCCGAAAAGCGUGAACUCCUCGACGCACAAAUCAAGUCCGGCGAGCGCUCAUUCCGAGACGUUUCCGAUGAGAUGUGGGGAUCUCUCGACGUGCCUUUCGAAGACGGCUUCAAAGCCCUGGAAUCAGGUCUCGAAAUCGACCGUGACUUCAAGCACUUCCAUCAAUUCUGCCGCAACAACAACAUCCCAUUCAACGUCAUUUCUGCUGGUCUAAAGCCCGUUCUGAGGAGAGUACUGGACCACUUCCUCGGCGAAGAAGCGAGCAGCAGCAUCGACAUCGUCGCCAACGACGCCGCAAUCGACGACGAAGGUCACGCCUGGAAGCCGAUCUGGAGACACGACACCCCCCUAGGACACGACAAAGCGCUUUCCAUCGAAGAGUACAAGCAGACCGCAAAGCUCGAAAGCGAAGACGGAACCAUUCCAAUGAUCGUCUUCAUCGGCGAUGGAAUCUCCGACUUGGCGGCUGCUGGACAGAGCGAUCUAUUGUUCGCACGUCGGGGCUUGGCGUUGGAGGAGCACUGUAUCAAGAACAAGAUCGAGUAUGUUCCGUACGAUACUUUUGCUGAUAUCCAGAAGGAAGUCAUGAAAGUGGCGAAAUUGGAUCAGGCGAAGACAAAGGGCCAGGGUCUACCGGUCAAGUUCAACCCAAGAGCGAAUAUGUGGAGGAGGGCGAGCAGCAAGACUUCGGUGCCGAUUUACAAGGCUAUGACGCCGAGAGUAGAGGAGAGGGCGUUCUUGUGGCCGGAG